AGCAGAAGCAGAGGAGGGCAGAGGACGUUGGGGAGCGGGGAAAGGGGGUGGGAACCCCAGGCCUUCUCAUUGGCUGUCCCCCCCCCUUGAUGUUCUGUCUCUCUGAUCUGGGCAUCUGGAAUCUCGCUAUGGAAUAGAAAUAGGGAGCCUGUCCGGCAAGAGGGGGCAGAAGGAGGAGGAGGGAGGCUGAGGGUUGGCGCGGCCGCGGCCAAGCCAGGACGGCCAAGCCAGGACGGCGUCGCAUCGCGGGCUCCCCGGAGCGGGGCACGGAGGGUUUUGGAUGACACCCACGAUCAAGGUGCUUAGAAAGUUUACCCCACCGAGCGUGCGGUGCUUUGCCUGACAGCCCCAGAGAGCGGAGAGGAGGAGGAGGAGGAGGAGGAGGGCGGCCGCACGAUGGGGCAUCAGGUCCUAGCCUGCCUCGGCCAGGGGCUGGAGGUAGGAGCGCUUGUCCCCUGCCAGUGAGAGCUGGGCCCCCGGGCUCGCGGCGCCGAGCCCUCGCUGAACCCCCAUCUCCCCGGGCCAGGAUGGGCUACGCCGACCCUUCGGCCGGCCGGGAUUUGCUCGGAAAUCGAACUUUGUUCUUCAUCUUCAUCUGCGCCUUUGCCGUGGUGACCUUGCUGCAACAGAUCCUCUAUGGCCGAAACUACAUCAGGAGAGGACUGCAGUUUAGCUGGCACAGUGGGGAGAUGGCCAACUGGACCAACGGGCCCUCUAAUGUCACGGAAGACAGAGCAUUGCAGAGCAGCAGUGACACCAGCACCAGGUACUUCGAGUUUUAUGAGGGGCCUUUUGAAUAUAACUCCACCAGAUGCCUGGAACUUCGCCAUGACAUUUUGGAGGUGAAGGUGCUGUCCAUUGUAAAGAGCUCCAGGGUGAAGCAAUCAGAGCUGUUUGACAGGUGGAAGAGUCUCCAGAUGUGCAAAUGGGCGAUGAAUAUCUCAGAAGCCAAUCAGUUCAAGUCCACUCUUUCCAGGUGCUGUAAUGCUCCUUCCUUUCUCUUCACUACCCAGAAAAACACCCCUCUGGGCACAAAGCUCAAGUACGAGGUAGACACGAGUGGCAUCUACCACAUCAACCAGGAAAUAUUUCGCAUGUUUCCCAAGGACAUGCCGUACAACCGCUCUCAGUUUAAGAAGUGUGCAGUUGUGGGGAAUGGAGGCAUCCUGAAGAACAGCCGAUGUGGGAGAGAGAUUGAUAGUGCAGACUUCGUGUUCCGGUGUAACCUACCCCCAAUCUCAGAGAAGUACACAGGGGACGUUGGGGCAAAGACCGAUGUUGUUACUGUGAACCCCAGCAUCAUAACAGAGAGGUUCCACAAGUUGGAGAAGUGGAGGCGACCUUUCUACCAGGUGUUGCAGGUCUAUGAGAAUGCUUCGGUACUCCUUCCGGCCUUCUACAACACCCGAAACACUGACGUCUCCAUCCGCGUCAAGUAUGUGCUGGAUGAUUUUGAGUCCCCGCAAGCGGUGUAUUAUUUUCACCCUCAGUACCUGAUCAACGUGUCCCGCUACUGGCUCAACCUCGGGGUGCGCGCCAAGCGCAUCAGUACGGGGCUGAUCCUGGUGACUGCGGCCCUGGAGCUCUGUGAGGAGGUCCACUUGUUCGGCUUCUGGGCCUUUCCCAUGAAUCCCUCGGGGCUCUUCAUCACUCACCACUACUAUGACAACGUCAAGCCUCGCCCUGGUUUCCACGCCAUGCCCUCCGAGAUCUUUAACUUUCUCCACCUGCACAGCCGGGGCAUCCUCCGAGUCCACACGGGCACCUGCAAUUGCUGCUGAUGAGGCAGGCGGCCGGCUGGCCUGUCUUUCCAGCCCUCUCUUCUCUUCCUUCCUUCCUUCCAGCAUCAGGGGACAACAGGGAAACAUAGGAAGAGACUGGGAGAAGUGGGCCAAGCCCAGCAUUUAUGCAAUAGUUUUUGAAGAAUGGGGCCAUAUUGCCAGGGCUUCAUACCCCUUGCACUUUGGAGUGGGUGAGGAAGAAAAUGGGAAAAUGGGGUAAAGUUACCCCUAUUGCUAAGUAUUAGUCCUCCUUAUCCUCCACUCACCCAUGUGCCCAGUGAGUAAACCCCCAAUUUGGGGGAGGAGGGGGAAGAAAAUCUUCCGUCUUGUCCAUUGACUGAGCAAGGAGUGGGGCCCUGGAAAUAUAAGUGAAUAAGCACAUCGCUGCUAAAUUUUAGCACCUGAGUGAGCACAAGCUGUCAUGGCUUUUUUCACAGCUUCAGAAAAUCACUAAAAGGAAGCAGUGGAGGAUUCAAGCAGGUGUUGGAUUUCUUUCAAUGGUUUGCUUUCCUGAAUUUUAUGAUGGGUUUUUAGUGAUUCUUUGAUAUUGAUCAUAGAGCCAUAGAAUAUCAUAGCUCAGUUGGACUUUGGAGAUCAUCCUGUUCAACUGUCCCAGAAAUAAGUCCUAGAGAAGGUGACCUUGUUCAAGGUCAUCCAACCAGACCAACUUCACUCUUUUGCCAUAGUAGGAUCUGGUUCAAGGCUUAUCCGAUAGGCUCUUUGACUAAAUGGUUAUUUUUGUUUAUUUGUUUUUGUUUUUCUAGAACUAAACAAAACUUUAUGUUCUUCUCAGUGCCUACAGGCUUAACUUAGGGUUUGAAAUCUAAGAAAGGAAAUAAGCCAGAUCAGCCAACUAUACUAAGAUUUCCAAGGCUAGUGUUACAAACUCAUUAAAAUCAUAGCCGCUCA